GUGUAUAGCGCGCGAUGCGGGGGCUCCCCUCCCCCUGGUGUCCGCUCCACAGGGGUCCAUCUCAGGCGAUGCGGGGGCAGGCCCGGCCCCCCAGUUCCCCCCCACUGAACGCGUUGAGGAUUACAUCGUUAAGGCCAAAGCUCAGAUGGAGAAAACCUGCCUGCAGCUGGAGGGGGGUCUCAGCCUGCGCUCCCAUCACGUGGACACGCUCCUGGUCCGGAGGGACGUCCUGCGCUUGAAGAAGAAGGGCGGCGCGUGCCUGGAGGAGCUGCUGGCCCACAUGGGGGACACGGCCAGGCAGAAGGCCUCCCUCCGGCGGAGUCAGAUCUUUGGGAGCUCAGCUGGAUCCAAACCCAACCGCUCGGUACUGGUCCUUGGCCACGCCGGGACAGGGAAGACGGCCCUGGUCCAGAGCCUGGGCCUCGACUGGUCCACUGGCUCCUUCCCCCAGUUUGACUUCUUCUUCGUGUUGGACGGUAAAGGCCUCGCUCUGACCAAGCCCGCCUUCAGUCUGCCGACCAUGCUGCUGGGGGGUCUCUUCCCGGGGAGACCCCUAUGCCUGGACCCCCAUCAGGUCUUCAGUCGGGUCGCCGCCGCCCCCGAACGCGUCCUCGUUGUUUUUGACGGUUUCCAAGAGGCUUGGCACCUGGAAUCUCUGCUGCAGCCUCUCGACAAGAGCCUCGUGGCCGACCUCCAGAAGGACUCCAGGAAGCAGGCCUUCACCGUGAGGGAGUUAUACUCUGCCCUGCUCCAGAGGGCUCUGCUGCCCGGCUGCACCCUGAUGAUCGCGGCUCGGCCACGGGGAGCCACCGGCAAUCUCCGGCGCUGGGCUGACAGUCUCUUUGAGCUCGGCGGAUUCAGCCCUACAGAGGCCGACGGAGCUCUGUCCCGGUACUUCAGCGAACCGACCAGCUACGACAACGCCCUGACCCGGCUACGGAGCAGUCCGUAUUUGUCCAGCCUUUGCUGGAACCCGGCCCUCUUUCGUCUGGUGUGCUUUGUGCUGGAACAUUGCGACCAUCGCGAGGCCCUUCCCGACACACUCAGCGGACUUUGCCAUCGAGCCUUGAGACUAAAGUUGGCGCGGCAGUUUGAGGACAGGAGUAGCCACGAUCCGUCGCCGGCCCCCUCGCGGGUCAAGCUCGAGAGCACCGUACCGGGGGGAAGCGGGAGUCUCAAACACGUCAAAGUUAAGAAAGUCAACCAAAAGAGGCUUACCCGCUCCUGCAACCGAGAGGCCAGGACUACAGGCGACAAAGUGAAAGAGAAGGGGACGUCAGAGCGAAAGAAGAUAAAAUCGAACGGCGGAAGAGACGAGGAAGGGCUGUUGGCUGAACUGAGCCGCUUGGCGUGGGAAGGGGUCCGACAGAAUGACCUCGUCCUUCCUCCAGGAGGAGGCUCCGCGGCUACAGCGAGGGAGGUCGGCCUGAAGGCUGAGCUCUUCCACGCCCUCCAUCUAGGGGGGAAGCCGAAGGGAGGCUCACGACAGGGGGAGGGAGGAGGGCAGGCAGGGCAGAUGGAGAGUGCAGAUACAGAGGGCCAUGCAGGAGGGGAAGGAGGAAGAAGGGGGAGCGAAGAAAGGAAAAACCCCAGACGAAGGACGAAGAGCGAUGAGGUUUUUGAGGAUGUGAGUGAUGGUAGCCACGUUCUGUCAUGGUCGAACCCUUUCCUCCAGAGCUUCCUGGCAGGUCUUCACAUAUCAUCCACAAGGAAGACGUCUGGACUCCUGAAGACCUUCCCCAUGCAGGUCGGCCUGGGGAGGGGUCGGCGACGGACCCACAAGGAGGAACUGGACCUUGUGCAGAGGUUCGCCAUCGGGACUCUCUUCCUGCGCGCCGGCGUCUCCCGGGAGUCCCCCUCCACGCAGUCCGUCCUCGUCAAGCACCUCAAGGGGCACCUGGGCCAGGCCGAGCAUGGCGCCGCCCACCUGUUGGAGGUGUGCCACUGCAUCUACGAGACCGGCGUCAGCCGCGCAGACACCCACUGGGGCACGCUGCUCGCCGGGGUCCUCCCAAAGGAAAUGAGCUUCCGGGGAGUGAGGAUGUGGCCGUCGGAUGUGCACGUGGUGGGGAAGGUUCUGGAACUUGUUGGAUGUGGGGUGGGAGGUGCGGGGAUCUGCCUGGGACUUGAGGAUACUGGGAUACGGACGUCUGGGAUUCUGUCGCUAGUGGGGCUCAGCAACAUCGCGUCGUACAGGGCAUGCACCGCGGACGUCAUCUCCAUGUGGGAGGAGCUGGAAGAAAAGGAGGAGCUUAAACUUAAAGGAGCCAUGUCCAAAUUCCAGCUGAACACAAAGGCGACCCAGGUGUGUCACGUUGAUGACCUAGCACGGCUGGUCAGCAUGCACAGGAGGCUGACUGACAGCUCCAGCCAAUCGGAUUCGCUCCUGGCGUCCGGGGUUCCGGCAGUGAAGGAACUACACAAGCUGGAGUUUGAGCUAGGUCCAGAGGAUUGCACCCUGGCUCUGCCUAAGCUGUGGUCACUCCUGCCCGGCCUCAACAACCUACGCCAUCUUGAUCUGGAAAAAAGUGAGCUAGGAGACGAAGGAGCGGAGGCGCUGGCUGGGGUUCUGGUUUCCCUCUCCCAACUUGAGAUCCUAAAUCUAUCCCAGAAUGGUAUUGGAGACCCAGGGAUGUAUGAGCUGUCUCUGGUCCUGAUGAACCCAGCGUCACUGCGUUGUCUCAGUCUGUACAGUAACAUCAUCUCCGACCUUGGUGCCCACUGGCUGGCCACAGUCCUGCCUCUGAUGGUGUCCCUGACUGACCUAGAUGUGAAGUACAACAACCUGACGGACGUCGGGGCCCAGAGCCUUGGAGCCGUCCUGAAGAAGUGUCCCUCCGUGAAGAGCCUGAGGAUGUGGAACACGUGUAUCUCAUUUGCGGUAUUUGAACGACUUCAGAAACAGGACAGCAGGAUUGUGUGCCAUUAGAACACACCAGACAUUGAACCGCUUCGAUUUACCUAAUGUUUGCUGUCAGCCUGGGGGUUGCACCACAAGAUAACCAAAAGUGAACAUUUCAAGCAUUUGCAUGUUUUGCACUGUGAAUAGGUCAAUGCACUGGCUGUAUGUGAAUAGAAACAGGUACUAUUUGUAAGUGAACAGGUCAAUGCACUAGUGUGUGAAUGUGAAAAGGUCAAUGCACUGUCUGUAUGUGGAUAGUUCUAUGAACUGUGUGUAGGUGAAAAGGUCAAUGCACUGUCUGGAUGUUAAAGGUCCCAUGGCAUGGUACUUUAUGGAUGCUUUAAUAUAGUAAUUAAUUAGUGGGCCCCUAACACAGUAUUUGAAGACGUUCCCGAAAUUGUGCAGAAUUACAGACACUGCCAAUCGCACAUUGAGCUUUCCCAAAACGGGCCAUUUCGGUGUCUGUAGCUUUAAUACAAAUGAGGAGGAGAGAAGCGGGUCAAGGAGGAGGGUGGGGGUGUGGCCCUGAGCAGCUUUUGGCCACGGUACCUUGCAUAGGUCAUUAUGUGAAUGUGUAUAUGAACUGCAUGUAUGUGUGAGUGUGUUAGGUCGGUUGCUAUAAAACCUACCUGAGUUUGACUUUAGUGUUCGAAUUCAAACAUUGCUUCCUCGUCUCAACACUGCAGUGUGAUAAUAUAAAUACAAAAAUGCAAUGGUGAGAAAUACAGCCAGGGAAAUUUCUUAAGGCCCGGUUAUAUACGGUACAAAGAGCUUGUAAACAUAGUGCUGUUAAAUACCACAGAGAAGAUCACAGUGAUCUUACUUUGGUAAGAAGUUAACAGACACUAGUUAACUACGCCUUUCGCUAUUUAUUCGUUUUUUGUUUUAUAUUAACCAGCAGCAUCAAACAAGUUGUAAUAUCUGUGAAACACACUAUCAUUGAAACAAAUAGAAAUGGUCAGAACAAUUUAAUAGCAGCAGUAAUUAUAAGAAUAAUACUAAGAGUAAUAGUGUGAUGUGCAAAGGAUUAGGGACAGGCUGCAGGCAGAACAUAUUGUGAGCGGUAGAUAAUAAUGACCUUGUUUUAUUAAAAGAUAGCUGCACCAGUAAUAGGAAGCAAGCCAAGCAGACACUUGUAGAUAAAUCCAACGAGUGUAAACACAUGCAGUGACAGCCAACAUAUAAAAUGAUAUACAGCCAAGAGAAAAGGCUUAAGGUACUGUGAUAUAUGGUAUUGAUAGCUUGUCAACAGUGUGCAGUAAAAUUAAUGAAGAUAAGAUCAUCUGAAUGGGGGAAAAAAAAGAGAUAGACACCAUCUCGGCUCCAGAUGAGAAGCAUGCAUUGUAACAUGCUUUAGAUUGAACUUGGUGACCUUUCAAGAUCAUGUUCAAAACAUAAUUAGAAGUGAAUAGAUUGGUGCACAGACCUCGAAGAUCGCUGUCAAAAUAUACAUCCUCAUUUGACGUACAUUGAACUACCUCAAAUACCUAUUAAAGGACUUGUAGUUACCAUAUCUAACUAUGAAAAACGGGAAAGUAGUUGGCUUCAUACAAAGACUACAGCAUACAGUUGACCAUUUUUGUAGUUGAACUAUAGAUGACCACAUUUGAUAGAUCACCAAUGUUGAAGCUCUGGCUAUGAAGUUCUAUGCACAUUGGUAGUUUCACUGACUGUGUUGAAUCUUUUAAAUUGGUUUUGUCUGUUACAGUACCGUAAGCUGUCUUACGGUACUGUCUAAUUGCAGGCAACACUGUGGUACGAUGUAUUUUUUGUAUAAAGUGUUGUUGAAAUUUGUUGUGUACUUUGCUGUAUUUUGACACUUGAAUAAAUGCAAUAAAUUAUUUUUUACCCAUGA